AUGUCUUGUGCACAAUCAAUUUCGCCAGAAGUGCAGAAGUAUUUAGAUCAAGUUGUUUCCAAACUUCCAGAAAGUAAUUGGUCUUUUAUGCAAGGGUUUUUUCUAGGCCAAUUAACGGUUGUGAUUUUGGUACUCGCUUUUAUCAAAUAUAUGUUAUUAGAAGAUGUUAAAAAAACCAAUCUCAAGCGUCCUCUUCCUAUCUCUACGCCUCUGAAUACGAAAACAGCUUCAUCUUCCCCAGCAUCAAUUAUUUUAUCUAAAACACUAUAUGAUCCAGCCUCACCUGAAUCGACAGCUUGGCUAAAUGUCUUAUUUGCACAGACUAUAUAUCAAUAUAGAAAUGAUGCUAAAACAGAUAAUCGUUUAGUGCACAUAGUUGAUAAAAUAUUGAAUAGUGGAGUUAGGCCUAAUUUCGUGGGACCCAUAGAGGUUACGCGACUUGAUAUUGGAGAGGAAUUUCCUAUAUUUAAAAAUGCACGAAUAAGACCAGCUGAUGCUCUUGGAAAAAUGAGAGUUGAAGUUGAUUGUGAUUAUAGCGAUCAUAUCACUCUUGGCAUCGAUACUCAAAUACUUCUAAACUGGCCUAAACCAAAAAUAGCCGUAUUACCAAUUUCAUUAGUUAUAUCCGUGAUCAAAUUUUCUGCUACGAUAACUUUGGAGAUAGUGACUUCUCCGGAAUCCUCAUAUAUUUUAGUCUCGGUGUUACCAGACUUUAUUCUCGAAUUUAAUGUCCAAUCUUUAAUAGGCUCACGAUCCAAACUUGAGGAUGUUCCUAAAAUUACUCAUAUCAUCAUAUCUAAAUUACGAAAUGCGUUCUGCGAGAAUUUUGUGUAUCCUAAUUUUAAAAAAAUUAAGAUGCCUGAUUUAUGGAGUCCAAAUAAAAAUCCCGAAAGCUCAGAUGAAAAUAAUUUACAACAAAAUUCUUAUGGAGAAGAAAUCAACGAUACAACUAAAACCCCAUCAACAUUGACUGAAGGGUUAAGACAACGCAAGAAUGUUAUUAAAGAUUAUCCGCUAGUACAAGAUGCAGUGUUUCUUGCACACGAUGUACAAAACACAACGCAGGCUCAGGUGUCUUCUUUUAAUUAA